UGCCUAGAGGUAAUAUAAAUAACAAUAUAGUAUUUUUCUUACUAGACAAUUGGGGUUGCAUUUGCAGCCAAGCAAAUUGAGAUCGGAGACCGAACGUUAACUAUGGGGUUGUGGGACACUGCAGGCUGUGAAAGGUUCGAAUCAAUGGUUAAAGUAUAUUAUCGAGGUGCUAAAGCUGCAAUAGUUUGUUAUGACGUUUCUAAUCCCGAAACAUUUAAGAGAGCAAAAUUUUGGGUGAGGGAAGUGAGGGAAGUCGAGGAAAGUUGUAAAGUGUACAUAUGUGCCACAAAGAAAGACAUAUUAGACCUCGGAAGGUCAGCCGAGCCAGAUUUAGAAAUUGUUGAAAGGUAUGCGCAAGGAAUUCAAUCCAAAUUUUUCGUCACAUCGAGCAAGACUGGAACAAACGUUGCCGAAUUAUUUGAGGAGAUUGCCAAAGACUACAUCCUGAAUCCAGAAAAUGCUCAAAGUAUAGAAGACAACUUUAUUACUCUAACAGAGUCGAAAAAUUCUAAUAAGCCAUGUUGCUGAUCAUGGCGUGGCCACUCGUUUUAACAGGAAAAGUAAGGGGAGAAGUCUUAAGGAUUAUUUUUACUGUUAGUUUCUAUUUUUUAUACUAUGCGGGAAUUUAAGCAGAGAUUUUUUCGAGCGGGAAAAAACUGUAAUUAGAUAUAUUUUUGAAUUUUAAGUUCGAGUGGCCACUUUGAAAUAGGAUAAGAAAAGCAAAGUGAUGUUAUUAUAAUAUCUAAGUGUACGAGGAAUCGACUGAAUCAAGUGGAACUUGAUACAUAGCUAUUACGAUAAGGAAGUAAUACCGAGAUAAAACAUUUUGAUACAUAUAUUCCUCAAGGUACUUUUAAAUUGUUUAAUUAUAUGUAUAAAACAUUUUUUAAAUGUUAAUCGAUUUAAAUACGAAGGAAGAAAGUAUUUUACGUCAGUAUAUUUUAUUGAAUAAAAUAUCAUGAAAAUGG